AUGCCUUCAGCGGUAUCACAGAGUCCUCCGCCGUUGCGGAAAUGGGAACGACCUGCACGGACGAAGUACGAUUUGGACUGGGCAGAUAUAGAAGUCAUUGAUUUAUCGACCUUUGACGAGCCCGGAGGGAAAGAGAAGCUCGCCGACCAGCUGCGUGAUGCUGUCCACAAGACGGGAUUCUUCAGCGUCACGGGCACGGGCUUGACGGAGGACGAAGUACAGCGCCAGUACGACAUUGGACAAGGGUUUUUUCGACUUGCCGCUUGA